CAGGAGCAUCCUCGAAGGUCGGCAGAUCCCCCACGGGCACCAUGGCCGCCCUGGGCAUCACGGUCGCCCUGCUGGUGUGGAUGGCCACCCUGCUGCUCAUCUCCAUCUGGAAGCACAUCUACAGCAGCUGGAAACUGCCCCCUGGCCCUUUCCCACUGCCCAUCAUUGGGAAUCUUUUGCAACUGGAUAUUAAGAACAUUCCCAAGUCCUUCACCAGGCUGGCAGAGAGGUUCGGGCCGGUGUUCACCCUGUACCUGGGUUCUCGGCGCGUCGUGGUUGUGCACGGCUACAAGCCCGUGAAGGAGGUCCUGCUUGACUACAAGAAUGAGUUUUCUGGCAGAGGAGAAAACCCUGGGUUCCAGGUGCACAAAAACAACGGGAUCAUUUUCAACAACGGGCCGACCUGGCGGGACACCCGGCGGUUCUCGUUGACCAUCCUCCGUGACUUAGGGAUGGGCAAACAGGGCAACGAGCAGCGGAUCCAGAGGGAGGCCCACUUCCUGCUGGAUGUGCUCAGGAAGACCCAGGGCCAGCCCUUUGACCCCACAUUUGUCAUCGGCUUCGCGCCUUACAAUGUCAUCUCUGACAUCCUCUUCCACAAGCGCUUUGACUAUAAAGACAAGAUGGGGCUGAGGCUGAUGAGUCUGUUCAACGAGAACUUCUACCUGCUCAGUACCCCCUGGAUCCAGCUUUAUAAUAAUUUCUCAGACUACCUGCAGUACCUGCCUGGAAGCCAUAGAAAGCUACUGAAAAAUGUGUCUGAAGUAAAAGAUUACGCCUUAGAGAGAACGAAGGCUCACCAGAAGUCCCUGGAGCCCAGCUGCCCCCGAGGCUUCCUCGACACCAUGCUGAUAGAAAUGGCAAAGGAAAAACACAGUGCGGACCCCAUGUACACCUUAGAAAACAUCGCUGUGACUGUGGCCGACCUGCUCUUUGCAGGGACGGAGACCACCAGCACCACCCUGCGAUACGGGCUCCUGAUUCUCAUGAAAUACCCAGAGGUUGAAGAGAAACUUCAUGAAGAAAUUGACAGGGUAAUUGGGCCAAGCCGAAUCCCUGCAAUCAAGGACAGGCUGGACAUGCCCUACCUGGAUGCUGUGGUGCAUGAGAUUCAGCGAUUCAUCGACCUCAUUCCCUCCAAUCUGCUCCAUGAAGCAACCCAGGACACAGUGUUCAGAGGAUAUGUCAUCCCCAAGGGCACACUCAUAAUUCCGACGCUGGACUCUGUCUUGUAUGAUAGGCAAGAGUUUCCUGAACCAGAGGAGUUUAAGCCAGAGCACUUUCUGAAUGAAAGUGGAAAGUUCAAGUACAGUGACCAUUUCAAGGCGUUUUCUGCAGGAAAGCGGGUGUGUGUUGGAGAAGGCCUGGCUCGCAUGGAACUGUUCCUGUUCUUGGCCGCCAUCCUGCAGCACUUUAACCUGAAGUCACUUGUUGACCCCAAGGAUAUCGACCUCAGCCCCAUUGCAAUUGGGUUUGGCAAGAUCCCGCCCCGUUACAAACUCUGUCUCAUUCCCCGCUCAGAAGUGUGAGGCGCAAACGCCCUGAAACCCUGGGCUCCCCUGCAUCCCCUCUGCGAGGACUCUGUGAGCCCAGGCUCCAGAGGGAGCCAGCCGGGCCAGAGACACUGCUUUCCAGCCCACGUUCCUCAGACAGAGUUUGAAAGCAAAGUGCGAAAAGAUUGUGUCAAACUAAUUAAACUAAUUAGAGCAAACUAUGACGUGGCUUGUGUUGGAGCUCCCAGAAAUCAUGAUAAGUAAGAACAUAUCAGUGUCGUUUAAAGUGAACUUCUGAAAAAAUAGAGCUGCCCAGUCAUCAGAGUCAGUAUGUCUUAUAAAGGAGUCACAAAGAGGAAAACAGAUGUUAGUUUGUUGUUCAGAAAAAAUAAAACUGAUAUAGCUUUGGCUAUCUUCC